AGAAGAGAACCGCAAUGCUUUCGUCGAUUUUCUCUACGGGAAUUUAAAGAGCGAAAUGUGUUUAAACUUGUUGCACCUGUUAACUGUUCGGUGAGAAAAUAUGUUGAGAAGAAAUGCGCGUAAACUUUUAAAAUAUUUUCUUGUAGCGGCAAUCCUGCUUGCAGCUUGUGUAGUAUUUUUCAGAUCUUUUAGUUCAGUAACUGAUAUUGAUGUGAAUAACGUGAAAAGUCGGGAGAAGUAUUCAGGAUUACCUAAAGCUCCGAAUAAUCACAAAACAUCAUCGGACAACGAAAGAAUUGAUUGGCAUGAUUAUUCUCAAAUUGAAAUGGAAAAGAAAAGUAAAGGCCCUGGCGAGCAAGGCGUUGCAUUCUACUUACCCCCUGGAAAUGAAAAGCGGAAAGAAGAACUUUAUAAAGUUAAUGGUUUCAAUGGUUUGGCUAGUGACUUUAUUGCUAUAAACAGAUCUGUUGCUGAUAUCAGGCAUAAAGAUUGUUUGAAAAAAAAAUAUCUAAGGAAGCUUCCAUCUGCUAGCAUUGUGGUUCCCUUCCACAAUGAACAUCUGUCAACUUUGUUAAGGACUGCUACCAGUGUUAUAAAUAGAGCACCAUCACACCUUAUUAAAGAGGUGAUAUUGGUUGAUGAUUUUAGUACAAAAGCUGAGCUGAAAACAGAAUUAGAAAAUUAUAUUGAAAAGCAUCUGCCAAAAGUAAGAGUGAUACGAGCUGGGAAACGAGAAGGCUUAAUUCGAGCUAGGCUAAUUGGAGCAAAAGCAGCAGUUGGUGAUGUUUUGAUUUUCCUUGAUUCUCAUACUGAAGCAAAUGUCAACUGGCUACCUCCUCUGUUGGAACCUAUUGCUAAAGACAGGAGAACUGUUGUAUGUCCUUUCAUUGAUGUCAUAGAUUUUGAAACAUUUGCAUACAGAGCACAGGAUGAAGGUGCCAGAGGAUCUUUUGAUUGGGAGUUGUACUAUAAGAGACUGCCAUUGUUACUUGAGGAUCUCAAGCAUCCUUCUGAACCAUUCAAAAGCCCUGUUAUGGCUGGUGGACUUUUUGCCAUAGAUCGUUCUUUUUUCUGGGAGCUGGGUGGCUAUGAUGGAGGAUUAGAUGUUUGGGGAGGUGAACAAUAUGAACUGUCUUUCAAGAUUUGGCAGUGUGGAGGUCAAAUGGUAGAUGCUCCUUGUUCCAGAAUUGGCCAUAUAUACAGGAAAUUCGCACCUUUUCCAAACCCCGGAAUAGGAGAUUUUGUUGGGCGAAAUUACAAGCGAGUUGCAGAAGUAUGGAUGGAUGAGUACAAAGAGUAUUUAUACCUACGGAGGCCUCAUUAUCGAGACAUAGAUCCUGGUGAUAUUUCCCAACAAAAGGCCUUGAGAGAAAAAUUAAAAUGUAAGCCUUUCAAAUGGUUCAUGCAAGAGAUAGCUUUUGAUCAACCAAAAAAGUAUCCACCUAUAGAGCCACCAAAUUUUGCAUCUGGAGAGGUUAGAAAUGUGGCUAGUAAUUUGUGUAUUGAUACAAGAUUCCGUAAUCAAAAUGAUAGAUUUGGUCUUGAAAAAUGCAUCAAAGAUCAUGCUGCCCAAGGGGGUGAACAGCAGUUUGAAUUGACUUGGCAUAGAGAUAUUAGACCAAAGAAAAGAACAGUAUGUUUUGAUGUGUCAUCAUCUGACAACCAUGCACCUGUUGUCUUAUGGAGUUGCCAUGGGAUGCAAGGAAAUCAAGAAUGGAAGUAUAAUUAUGAACAUUUACAGCUUUUUCACCCAAUAAGUGGUCAUUGUUUGGACUGUGAUAUAGAAAGGAAAGAGAUUUUUAUGAGCCCAUGUGAUAUUAAUAUAAAAACUCAAAAAUGGAGGUUUGAAACUUACAACAAAACUGCAUUGGACAAUUGGUGAUCAUAAUUUAUUUUAGGUUUUUCUUCUGUGUUGGAGUUUUUUUAGUUCCUGCAAAUUUAAAUUUUGAGCAUUCCAUUUUGUGUGAAAUUAUUCAUAUUUGAUUGCCUUUUGAAUUGGUUCAAAUCCGAAACUUUGUGCCAAUAUAAUUUUGAUAAUAUAUACCUAUUACUUUAUUUUUAUAGGUUUUUUGAACUUUUUUUUUUUUUUUUUUUUUUUUUUUUUUUUGUUUGUUUGUUAUA